AGCAGCACUUUGGCGAGCGAUGUGGCAGAGCGAGACGGUGCGAGCGACGACGGCGCAAGCAAGCAGGUCGCAGAAUCGCGGUGUUUGGACCUGCAAGGGAUUGGGAUGAGAUUCGGCAACCGAGUCAUUCUGGAUGACGUGUCACUCCACGUUAACCCGCAAGAAAUCGUGGGUCUGCUGGGUCCCAACGGCGCGGGCAAGAGCACCACCUUCAGCAUCGCCGUCGGCCGCGAGACCCCGACAGCUGGCGCCGUGCGAUUGGGCGGCGCUGACGUCACGGGGCUGCCGCUCGAGCGGCGGGCGCGGAUGGGCGUGGCGUUUUUGGCGCAGGAGGCGAGCAUCUUUCGGGGGCUCAGCGUGGCGGAUAACAUACGGCUCGUGCUGGAGGAGGGACCGCUACCAUAUCACCUGCAUGACGCCCGGAUAGAGGAGCUGCUACGCAAGUUUGACCUGGUCCACGUGGCACACACUAUGGGCCGCCACCUGUCCGGUGGGGAGAGGCGAAGAGCGGUACGUGCAUCCGAAUGUCAUGUUGCAUGUGCAUGUGUUCAUGCACUCGUGCAUGCACGCUUACAUGUGUCUUGGUUUGCCCAUGCUGGACGAGACACUGACAGGCCUGCACUCAUGUGGCGCAGCUGCUCUGCACACCACGCCAUGCUGCUCCCCAUCCUCUCACUCCCCCGUCCCUAUCCUCCUCCCCCACCCCCACUGGACACACAGGAGGUCGCUAGAGCCCUGGCAGUAAAGGACAGCGAGUGCAACCCGCCGCGGUUACUCAUGGUGGACGAGCCGUUCGCAGGCGUGGACCCGAUAGGAGUGCAGCUGAUGCAGAGCAUGCUGUGUGCGCUGAGGGAGCAGGAUGCCAUGGCCAUUCUCAUCACGGAUCACAAUGUGGCGGAGACACUGGGCGUGUGCGACCGUGCGUAUGUGAUGCAUGAGGGAAGGGUGGUGGCGUGUGGCACGCCGGAGGAGGUAUUGGGGGACCCACUGGUGCAGAGGUUCUAUCUGGGGCCGGCGUUUAGUCGGCAGGCAGUGCUGUGA